AAAAUGUUUACGCACUGCCCGGUACGCCAAAAAUUAUCGUUACUACGCUAAGCAAACAAUAGAAAUGAAAUUUCUAAACGUAGCCGAGAAGAACGAUGCGGCCAAGACGAUUGCCGGCCUGCUCUCGAAUGGGGCCGCAAAUCGGCGCGAAGGUUAUUCCGUGUACAACAAGAUCUACGACUUUGAAGCACCAGUGCGCGGUCAGAAUGCCAAAAUGGUCAUGACUUCGGUGUCGGGGCACCUGAUGCAGCUAGAGUUUCAGGUGUCCUACCGGAACUGGCGCGUCGUGGACCCGGGCUCCUUGUUUGAUGCACCCGUGCGGAAGUCCGUGGGUGAGAGCUAUCUGCCUAUCAAGAAAACCCUGGAACGCGAGGUUCGUGGUUGCCAGGGGCUUAUCAUUUGGACGGAUUGCGAUCGCGAGGGCGAGAACAUUGGCUAUGAGAUAAUCAGUGUGUGUCGAGCCAUAAAGCCGAAUUUAACUAUUUAUAGAGCCAGCUUUUCGGAGAUUACGACUAUUGCAGUGCGGCGAGCCUUGCAGCAGCUUGGCCAGCCGGACAAGCGGCAGAGCGAUGCCGUAGAUGUACGGACUGAGCUGGAUUUGCGCACUGGUGCGGCCAUAACUCGCUUUCAGACCAUGCGUCUGCAACGGCUGUUCCCCGAGAAGAUAGCGGACAAGCUGAUUUCGUACGGAAGCUGCCAGAUUCCCACGCUGGGGUUCGUCGCAGAGCGGUACAAGGAAAUAGAGGCGUUUGUCUCCGAGCCCUUUUGGAAAAUCAGAGUUCUCCACACCAUCGAGGACCUCACUGUCGAAUUUAACUGGGCGCGAAAUCGUCUGUUCGACAAGGAGGCCUGCGAGAACUAUCUCCUGCUCUGCCUGUCGGAGCCAGAGCCCCGGGCCACCGUCGAGAGUGUCACAGUCAAGCCGAAGCACAAGUGGCGGCCCACGCCCCUGGACACUGUAGAAAUGGAGAAGCUCGGCUCGAGGAAGCUCAAGCUGUCGGCCAAGGAGACCAUGACCAUAGCAGAGAAGCUGUACAGCAAGGGCUUCAUCAGCUACCCCCGCACAGAGACGAACCAGUUCUCCAAGGAGUUCGAGCUGGCCCCGCUCGUGCAGCUGCAGGCAGGCCACAGCGACUGGGGAGCCUUUGCGCAGCGCGUGCUGGACUGGGGCCCAAACCCGCGCAACGGCAGCAAAUCGGAUCAGGCCCAUCCCCCCAUACACCCCACCAAGAGUGCGGACAAUCUUCAGGGAAACGAGGCGCGCGUCUACGAGCUGGUUGUGCGGCACUUUCUCGCCUGCGUCAGCAAGGACGCCGUCGGCUCAGAGACUGUCGUGAACAUAGACAUCGCGGGGGAGAAGUUCACCGCCAAUGGACUGGUAAUCCACGAGCGCAACUAUCUGGACGUGUACGUGUACGACAAGUGGAGUGCCAAAAGGAUCCACCACUACGAGCGGGACCAGCGUUUCGAGCCUACGGAGGUGUCGUUGCACGAGGGAGCGACCACUGCUCCACCCCUGCUGACCGAGGCGGAUCUCAUAGCGCUGAUGGAGAAGCACGGCAUUGGUACGGACGCCACGCACGCCGAGCACAUCAACACCAUCAAGGAGCGCGGAUACAUUGGGGUGCUGGACAAGGGCGCUCUGGUGCCGGGUGUCAUUGGCAUGGGUCUGUACGAGGGCUACGACGCCAUGGAGCUGGCCCUGGCCAAGCCCCAGCUGCGCGCCGAGUUCGAGGCCGAUCUGAAGCUCAUCUGCUUGGGCCAGAAGGACCCGCAGCUCGUGCUCACCGAGCAGAUAGCCAAGUACAAGCUCUCCUAUCAGCAGAUCACUGACAAGAUCACGGCCAUGGACGCCAAGAUAUCCGCACGCAUCAACGAGGCACCAGCGGCCACCCCUCCAGGCCAGCCAGCAGUCGGCCACAAUCAGCUCACAAUGCAGACGCUCUUCCAGUGCCCCAAAUGCGAUGAGGCCCCGCUGGCCCUCAAACCCAAGAAGAACCAGCAGGGCUGGUACAUCGGCUGCAACAACUUUCCCGACUGCAAGAACGUCGUCUGGCUGCCGGAGGAGUGCAAGGAGGUCUCGGUGCUGGACGAAUGCUGCCCCACUUGUGGAGCUGGCCACCGCAUGCUCAAGUUCCGCUUGAGCACGCCCUACUACCGGGGUGUCUUCAAUACGCCCCAUGGAUGGUACAAGACCUGCUUGCCCUGCGACGGCCUCUUCCGGACCACGUUCAACAUUAAUUUAGAUUCGGUGAAACGUGUGGGCGGUAUUGUAGGAGCGGCAGGAGGUGGAGGUGGUGGCCCUGGAGGCGGAGGCCCCGGAGGUGGUGGUGGACCCGGUGGCGGAGGCCCUGGGAGAAGAGGUCCUGGAGGAGGUAGUAAUCCCUCAAAUGCUGGCGCUGGGAGAGGAAACGGCCCAGGAGAUGGAUCUUCUACCGCCAAAGCACCAGCCAAAAACAAGAAGUCAGCCCCCGAACCCAAGGCAAAAAAAGCCACAAAGACCACUGGAAGCAUUCGCAACUAUUUCAGCAGUUCCAGCAACCCGGACGGUGCAGGCAUGGAUGGAUUCUUCGACAGCAACGAUGGCUUCGAGGAGGCCAUGGUGGCGGCCGUGGACAUCGUUGAGUCGGGCUAUGUCCAGGGGAACAGGCAUUCCACGACGACCGGAGCUAUCGAACUCGAUGAUGACAUAGCCGCCGCGUUUGCUGCCGACGAUGACGCGGAAUUCGAGGCAUUGAUGAACAGGGAAACAGGAAACUCGCGAGGGAAUAGCAAUGUGGCCGAUGAGCUGGACACGAGUCUGUCCUCCUGGAUAAGCAAGCAGUAUGCAUUGGACGAGAAGCCCAUGCUGUGGGGCACUCGAGAACAAGCGGCUGGCGCUCCCACGCCUCCUCCGAAACCGGCAGCCAAGCGGGCGAGAAGGGACAGCGCUGAAUGGGGUACUCCGGCCGCUGUUCCCGCAGUGAUCUGCAGCGGGUGCCAUCAGCCAGCCCGACAGCAUACCGUGCGACGCGAAGGACCCAACCAGGGACGACAUUUCUACAAGUGUCCCAAGCCCAAUGAGUGCCAGUUCUUUCAGUGGGCGGAGGAGCAACCAUCCACAUCGGCAGGAAGCUCUUCCUUCGACAGUGCCAAGAGCAUCACAACUGGAUCGUCGUGGAACACGAAUCGUGUGGCCACGCUGCCCAAUAGUCAACAGAGCUCCCUUCGAGGCACCCACAUACGCUCCAACUCCAGCAGCACUGUCACCAUAACCCAGACGAAAACGAUGACAGCUCCAGCGCACGUAGGCGAGGAGUUGAAGUGCAACUGCGGCCAGCUGGCCAGCAGACUCACAGUGCGCAGGGAAGGACCCAAUCAGGGCAGGCCGUUCUACGCCUGUCCCACACGGGAAAAGUCCUGCGUUUUCUUCAAGUGGGGCGAUGAAGAUGAGAGCCGAGCAUCCAGCAGAACAUCUUCCUGGGGCACGGACAAUCGUAAGCCCCAAGGCAAGCCGCCUGUCCCCGAUAAAACGGUCAAUCAAUCCCGACGCUGCGGUCUGUGCCGCCAGGAGGGGCACACACGCAACAAGUGCCCCCGCAAAAAGGACUUCGAUAUGUGACAGGAUGGUUUAGUGUUUUUAAACAUUUAUUGGAGCGAGCUUAAAAUAUUGCAAAGGUGUGAGGGAUCAGAAGGAUCGAUCCUCCACAAUUGGUUACAAGCUUCAGUUUUCCAUACAUUCAGAUGCAUACAUAUAUAUGUAUAUAUAUAUAUAUAUAUAUAACAUGAUAUAGGGA